AGUAUUUGCCGGCGCUUGCAGCUCGGCCUACUACUCACAGAUAUGGCGGGCAAUUUCUGGCAGAGUUCGCACUCGCAGCAGUGGAUCCUGGACAAACCCGAUCUGCUGAGGGAGCGUCAACUCGAUUUGUUGGCUUUGAACGAGGAUGAGUACCAAAAGGUGUUUAUCUUCUUCGCCAACGUCAUCCAGGUGCUGGGGGAGCAGCUAAAGCUCAGGCAGCAGGUCAUCGCCACGGCCACAGUUUACUUUAAACGAUUCUAUGCGAGGAACUCGCUGAAGAACAUCGAUCCCCUGCUGCUGGCGCCCACCUGCAUCCUGCUGGCUUCGAAAGUGGAGGAAUUUGGCGUAAUAUCCAAUUCCCGGCUCAUCUCCAUCUGCCAGUCGGCCAUCAAGACCAAGUUCAGCUAUGCGUACGCCCAGGAGUUCCCCUACCGCACCAAUCACAUCCUGGAGUGCGAGUUCUACCUGCUGGAGAACCUGGAUUGCUGCCUCAUUGUCUACCAGCCUUACAGGCCGCUGCUGCAGUUGGUCCAGGACAUGGGCCAGGAGGACCAGUUGCUCACGCUCAGUUGGCGCAUCGUCAACGAUUCCCUGCGCACCGAUGUCUGCCUGCUGUAUCCUCCUUAUCAGAUCGCCAUCGCCUGCCUGCAGAUCGCCUGCGUGAUCCUGCAAAAGGACGCCACAAAGCAGUGGUUCGCUGAGCUGAAUGUGGAUCUGGACAAGGUCCAGGAGAUCGUGCGCGCCAUUGUCAAUCUGUACGAGUUGUGGAAGGACUGGAAGGAGAAGGACGAGAUCCAGAUGCUGCUCUCGAAGAUUCCAAAACCGAAGCCACCGCCACAGCGCUGAAAAUGCCACAUCAUUUUGUACUCCUCUAGCUUGUAUUGUCCAAUUAUUUGUAAUUCUUACUUAUUUAUGUCGAUUAAACUGAGGUUUA